AUGCCGCGCAAACUCCCCAACAUCAUCAUAACCGGCACCCCGACCGUCGGCAAAACCACCACCUGCACGCAACUCAUCUCCCUGGCCUCGGACCUCGCUCCCUCCUCUCAGAACCCGGGUUCCUCACCACCACCCCUGCGGUUGAGACAUCUAUCUAUCAACGACCUGGUCAGGCAGAAGGGCUGUCACGAGGGUUGGGACGAGGAGAUGAGGAGCUGGAUCGUGGAUGAGGAUGCGGUGGUGGAUGAGGUGGAGAAAGUGCUUGGUGUUGGCCGGAUCGGGGGGGAGGAUGGGGGGGGAGACGAAGAAAAAGAAGAAGAAGAAGGGGGCUGGCUGAUCGAUUGGCAUGCUUGUGAUGUAUUCCCGAAGAGUUGGCUGGAUCUGGUGGUGGUGCUGCGCUGUACGAGGACAGAGGUGCUGUGGGAUCGGCUGAGAGCGAGGGAUUAUCCAGAGGCCAAGUUACAAGAAAAUCUCGAUGCGGAGAUCUUUGGCGUGCUACUGGAGGAAGCCAAAGAGGCGUUCGAUGAGGAGAUGGUUGUGGAGCUGAAGAGUGAAACGGCCGAGGACGUAGAGGAGAACUGUGAGAGGAUAUUGCAGUGGAUACAGACUUGGCGGGAGAAUCAGAGGAAGAACGGGGGUGAUACAGAAGGGAGUGAGUGA